UUUAAAAAUAAUUGAGAGAAUAAACGGAUUGGAGAUUUUCUAUUGGUCCAUUUAUUUGCCUUUUGCUUCCGUUGAAUUUCUGGCUUAAAAGUGGAAAGGUGUUCUAGACUCGUAGAAGCGUGUUUCAGUUUUCUUCUGUUACCUCUGCCACUGUCACUGCAAUCCCUCCUCCCUUAUAAAUAGUGAGAAUUAAGAUCACGCACAGAAAUCCGGAACGCAACAAUGGAUAGAGAAUCCAUAAUUGUUUACGCAAUUGGAGCAAUUGUGAUUUUCUUUCUCCUCAUCCAUUCACCAAAUAACAACAACCGCCACCACCACCACCGCCUCUUGCUCCACCGUGAUGAAAACCAAGAAUCGAACACUAACCAUUCACACACAUCUGAAGAGUGGGACGAAAACUUAAAUGUAACUGACACGAUUGUACGUAUAUUCCCGGAAAUCGAUGCGGACCCCACAGAUCAGUUUGUGGACCUCCACGAAUUAACUGAAUGGAACUUCGAGCAUGUUCAAAGAGAAGUAUUGAAUCGAAGUCAGAGGGAAAUGAACAUUCACGACAAGAACCACGACGGUUAUCUUUCCUUCUCCGAAUACGGUCCUCCAACGCCAGAUGGUUCUUUUGGUUAUGAUUUGAGGUUGUCGGAAGAGGAGCAUUUUAAUGCAUCCGAUGCAGACGGAGAUGGUUUUCUAAACUUAGCCGAGUUCAAUGACUUUCUUCAUCCUGCUGACAACAACAGCUCAAAGAUUAAAGAAUGGCUUUCCAAGGUGGAUGUCAGGGAAAGUGAUACGGACAGAGAUGGGAAGGUCAGUUUUAAAGAAUUCUUUUAUGGCCUUUUUGAUUCGGUAAGAUACUAUGAUGCGGAGAGUUACAAUGAUCUACAUCAAUCUGAUGACUCAACGGAUGCUUCAGCCAGAGCUUUGUUUUCUCAGCUUGACAAAGAUCACGACGGGUCUUUGUCAGAUAAUGAGCUGCUGCCUAUAAUUGGGAAAUUGCAUCCAUCUGGGCAUUAUUAUGCAAAGAAACAAGCAGAAUAUUUAAUUUCAUUGGCGGAAGUUGACAAAGAUGGGCGCCUCAAUUUGACUGAGAUGAUUGAGAAUGCAUAUAUAUUCUAUGAUGUUAUUUUCUACGAUGAUGAAGUUGAAUAUGACGAUUCCCCUGACGAGUUCUUUUAAGUUUAUGUUAGGAUGCACAUAAAAGUUUGGGGCAAUAUCACAGACAAAGAGUCAAUAUUUGAAGAACAUAAACAGAGUUAUAAAUUUACAUAGCAAGUUAAAUACAAAAUAUUAAAAUUAUACAGAUGAGCAGAAAAAAAAUCGGCUACGGUUUCUGUUUUUGUUUAAUAGAAGGUAAAUUUUAGGUUGUGUUUGAAAAAUUGUAGAUAAGAUAUCUAGAAUUUUUCAAAUGCAACCUAGACCUCAUCUUUUAGUAGAAAGAUAGUUCCGACUGCUAUAUAAGACUCUUGAAUGAUGUACACGGUGACCUUGCCACGUUGAUAUCUGAUUUGUGAAUUGUAAUAAUUUUACUUUUUAUAUAUCAUCACAGUUAUAGUUGAAAUGAAUUAAUUUUGCUUUA